UAUCUACAUCAGGACAAGUUAAUUAAAACAAUGGAUCAUUAAAAUAUAUACAUAGAAAAAUAAUCGUCUUGAGGUCUUAUAACAUCAUUAUUAUUAAUUUAACAUUAAUAACGUGUAUUAUUCUCUUCAUUAUACAGGUCUGCAUCUAUAAUUGCAAUAUUAUAAUUUAUAAUAGUCUUCCAAUCAUUGUCAUUUACUGUUCAGAUAUAUACUUUUAAUAAUUUUAUUGAAUUAAUUAAACUUUUUAUUGCCUUUCAAUCACUUCCAUUAGAUUUAGUAUUUGACACUGCUGUCACACAAUUCAUAUUUUUUUCUUGCAAUAAUGUUUAUCUCACUGGUUUAUCUUAAAUAUUUUAAUAAAUUUCCCCAAAAGGAUACAUUAUCUAUUAUACUUGAGGAUAUAAAUCUUGAUUCUUUAUAGCUAAAUCUUUUUUCCACUAUUUUCGUCAAAUCUAGACAAUAUAAUUUGUUAAAUAUAUAGCAGAAACUAUUUGGCUAUUUGGACAUAAAAAUUGUAAGAUUUUGAAGGAAAAAAAAAUAGCAUUUCGUUUUAAGUUAAAAAUGAUAUCUGAGAAUUGGAUCUAAAUUGAAAGUGUUUCUGAAUUUUGUGUGUAAUUUGAUGUGAAAACAACUUUCUGGACUUCUUCAAACAGUUCCCCAAAAUAAAUUUAAAAAGGAAGUGAAAAAAUAUCCAUGGCUCCAAAUAGGCCCUUAAAAGUGUAAACUUUUUAACAAAUUUACGACAACAACAUACCUAGUAUAAUCUCCCAAUUGGACUCCGAAAAGGAUGGUGUGUGCACAUGCAAAUCUUACCGCUACUUUACAUUGUUAAGGUAGAGAGAUUGUUUCUAAAAGACCGUCAGCAAAUUGAGAAGGACUAAAAUUGUUCAAUACAUACUUGAGGGACUAUUUUGAACCUACCCUCAAACAUAAGGGAUCAUUUACUCCACUGUCUACACUCUUUAUAUAGUUGUGACUAUGUUAUUAUAAACAAAACACAGAAAAAACAUACAAAGCUCUAAAGCCAUGACAAACAAACUUCAUAUAGUCAUGUUCCCUUGGCUAGCUUUUGGUCAUAUUAUACCAUACCUUGAACUUUCCAAAUUAAUAGCUCAAAAAGGUCACAAAAUCUCCUUCAUUUCUACCCCAAGAAACAUUGAUAGACUCCCAAAACUCCCACUUGAAUAUUCCACAUCAAUAACCUUAGUGAAAAUCCCUCUUCCUCAUGUUGAUGGAUUACCAGAAAAUGCAGAAGCAACUAUGGAUAUUCACACUAAAGAUAUUGUCUAUCUCAAAAAAGCCUUAGAUGGAAUGGAACUUCAAUUAACAAGUUUCUUGGAGAAAACUUCUCCUGAUUGGAUUAUUCAUGAUUUUGCACCUUAUUGGUUAGCACCAAUCACAACUAGGUUAAGGAUCGCUAGGGGCUUUUUUCGAGUUAUUAACGCUUGGUUUUUGGCUUUUUGGGGAUCUACAGACAUGAUGCUCACUGGCUAUACUGAUCCACCACCAACACCAGAGGAUCUCAUGGUGAUGCCGAAAUGGAUACCGUUUGAAACAAAGGCGGUUUUUCGUCACCAUGAAGCUAAGUGGGUAGUUGAUGCCAUGCAGAAGAACGUGUCUGGUGUGUCGGACAUAUAUCGUGCUGGAGCUACGAUAAAGGAUGUUGACGUAGUUAUUAUACGUCACUGUUAUGAGUUUGAAGGUCAGUGGUUGAAGUUACUAGAGGAUCUUCACCAUAGGCCUAUAGUUCCAGUGGGGUUAAUGCCACCUUCAUUGGACAACAGUGACAACAAUGGGACUUGGACAUGCAUCAAAGGAUGGCUAGAUGAACAAACCAAAGGAUCGGUAGUUUACGUAGCAUUAGGGAGUGAAGUGACUAUUGGUCCACGUGAAAUCAACGAGUUGGCCUAUGGGUUGGAGUUGUCUGGGGUACCAUUCUUCUGGGUUUUGAGGAAGCUAUCUAACUCAGGACACAUGGAUUACGUUGAGCUGCCUGAUGGGUUUGAGGAGAGAACACAUGGUCGAGGUAUAGUAUGGAAGAGUUGGGUACCUCAGUUGAAGAUACUAAGUCACAAGUCAGUUGGUGGAUUCUUGACUCAUUGUGGAUGGAGCUCGAUAAUAGAAGGGUUAAUGUUUGGUCACCCGUUGAUUAUGUUGCCAUUUUUGGUUGAUCAAGGUUUGAAUGCAAGAGUCCUAGAGGAUAAGGAGAUUGGUAUAGAAAUACCAAGAAAUGAAGAGGAUGGUUCAUACACAAGGGACUCAGUAUCCAGUUCAGUGAAGUUGGUAAUGGUAGAAAAAGAUGGAAGAAGAAUUAGAGAGGAAGCAAGAGAAAUCAGUUCAAUAUAUGGGAAUAAAAGGCUACAUGAUAAGUAUAUAGAAGAUCUAAUUCAGUUUUUGGAAGAUCAUAGAAAAAUGUCUUAUGGGCAUAGUUCCUAGAAAUCUAUGUAAUCAAAAAACAAAAUAAAUAAAAUUUAUCCCCUUCCUUUUCUUCCUAUCUAAUUCUACCUGUCUAUUUUCCACUUAAUCCACCCUAGACAACUCUAUAGUGAAUAUAACAAGCAAAAAUUCUGCACAUUAUGGUGAUCCAUUUGCUUAAAUGUUGCCAACUUGAGGUACCCAUUUUGCAACAUAUCAGCAGGAAAUACUCUCUGUGCAUGAGCACGGAAUAUAUUAGGCUUGCUGAAGAAAAUUACAGGGCUUCAUGAGACAAGGAAAUAAAAUUCUACAAAUAAAACAUAUGCACAUUUCUAAGGAACAAAGCUGAAUGACAACGGAAUAUGGUACACACCUGAUCGCAGCAGCUAUCCUGAUGAAAAAUGUACAAUGCCUACUUAAAUUUUCUUUUAGCAGUCAUUCUGCGUAUAAAUAAUUUAGCUAA